GGCGAAGCCGGGCCGGCUUGGGCAUCGAUGCCCGGGGCUCCAACGGCACCAGAGCAAGCUGCCCUCGCGGCCGGUGUGGGGAGGAUGUCCCAGCCCACCGCCCCCGACGAGGGAGCCACGUUCGAGCACCUCUGGAGAUCUCUGGAGCCUGACAGCACCUACUUUGACCUCCCCCAGUCGAGCCAGGGGACUAGUGAGAUAGUGGGCGGCGCAGAGGCCAGCAUGGAUGUCUUCCACCUGCAGGGCAUGACCACGUCUGUCAUGUCCCAGUUCAAUUUGCUGAGCAGCACGAUGGACCAGAUGAGCAGCCGCGCGGCCUCAACCAGCCCCUACACCCCGGAGCACGCCGCCAGUGUGCCCACCCACUCGCCCUACGCGCAGCCCAGCUCCACCUUCGACACCAUGUCGCCUGCGCCGGUCAUCCCCUCCAACACCGAUUACCCUGGCCCCCACCACUUCGACGUCACCUUCCAGCAGUCGAGCACGGCCAAGUCGGCCACCUGGACGUACUCGCCGCUGUUGAAGAAGCUCUACUGCCAAAUCGCCAAGACAUGCCCCAUCCAGAUCAAGGUGUCCACCCCGCCGCCUCCGGGCACUGCCAUCCGCGCCAUGCCCGUCUACAAGAAGGCAGAGCACGUGACCGAGGUCGUGAAGCGCUGCCCCAACCACGAGCUUGGGCGGGACUUCAACGAAGGACAGUCUGCCCCAGCCAGCCACCUCAUCCGCGUGGAGGGCAACAACCUCUCGCAGUAUGUGGACGACCCCGUCACCGGCCGGCAGAGCGUCAUGGUACCCUACGAGCCCCCACAGGUGGGGACGGAAUUCACCACCAUCCUGUACAACUUCAUGUGCAACAGCAGCUGCGUGGGGGGCAUGAACCGGCGGCCCAUCCUCAUCAUCAUCACCCUGGAGACCCGGGAUGGACAGGUGCUGGGCCGCCGGUCCUUCGAGGGCCGCAUCUGUGCCUGUCCUGGCCGAGACCGCAAAGCUGAUGAGGACCACUAUCGCGAGCAGCAGGCCCUGAACGAGAGCGCCGCCAAGAACGGGGCUGCCAGCAAGCGGGCCUUCAAGCAGAGCCCCCCUGCCAUCCCUGCCCUGGGCACCAACAUGAAGAAGAGGCGGCAUGGGGACGAGGACAUGUACUACAUGCACGUGCGGGGCCGGGAGAACUUUGAGAUCCUGAUGAAGGUCAAGGAGAGUCUGGAGCUGAUGGAGCUGGUGCCGCAGCACCUGGUCGACUCCUAUCGGCAGCAGCAGCAGCAGCUCCUGCAGAGGCCGAGCCACCUGCAGCCCCCGUCCUACGGGCCUGUCCUCUCGCCCAUGAGCAAGGUACAUGGUGGCGUCAGCAAGCUGCCCUCGGUCAACCAGCUGGUGGGCCAGCCUCCCCCGCACAGCUCGGCAGCCGGGCCCAACCUGGGGCCCAUGGGCCCUGGGAUCCUCAACAACCACGGCCACGCCCUGCCGGCCAAUGGUGAGAUGAAUGGCAGCCACAGCUCCCAGUCCAUGGUCUCGGGGUCCCAUUGCACCCCACCACCCCCCUACCACGCCGACCCCAGCCUGGUCAGUUUUUUAACAGGAUUGGGGUGUCCAAACUGCAUCGAGUAUUUCACCUCCCAAGGGUUACAGAACAUUUACCACCUGCAGAACCUAACGAUAGAGGACCUCGGGGCCCUGAAGAUCCCGGACCAGUACCGGAUGACCAUCUGGAGGGGCCUGCAGGACCUGAGGCAGGGCCACGACUGCGGGGCGCAGCAGCUGAUCCGCUCCAGCAGCAACGCCUCCACCAUCUCCAUCGGCAGCUCCGGGGAGCUGCAGAGGCAGCGGGUCAUGGAGGCCGUGCACUUCCGCGUGCGCCACACCAUCACCAUCCCCAACCGUGGUGGCCCAGGUGGGGGCUCAGGGCCCGACGAGUGGGCGGACUUUGGCUUCGACCUCCCGGACUGCAAGUCCCGAAAACAGUCCAUCAAAGAGGAGUUCACGGAGAGUGAGAUCAACUGAGGGGGGCGGGGAGGGUGCAGCCUGGGGGGCCCUGUCUGCUGGCUUCCGGAGGAGCCCACUAGACCUGGUCCCAUCUGACCCAAUGGGCAGAGCAGAGCAUGAGCACCUGCGGCCAGGAGUCCUGAGAAGCCUUGCUCUCUCUCGUCCUUUUUGUCAAAGACUGCCCUGGGAGGCAGGACCUUUGGGCUGUGCCCAGGAAAAGGCAAGGUCCAGCCCCGCGGCCCGCCUUCACUGGCCCCAGGAGAUGCCUCCGGCCACUGCAGCCUGCCACGGGCAGUGGGAAUGGCCCGUGAGGAUGCCUAAGCUUCGCGGAGGGCGUGCUCCGAGGCCCAGCAUCAUCUGGGCCUCACUCCUCGGCCUCCUUUUCCUUAGGCACUCGCCUGCUCCCGAGCGAGAUCCUUCGAAAUAAAGGGUCGCCUUUGCUGAUGGACUGCCAAAAAGUAUUUCUCACUGUCUUUCGGAUCUGGGUAGCAAUGCGUGGCUCGGUGAUUGUUAUUUGGGGGUCAAUGCUCCAGACUGUGUCUCUGCCCAGGGCUGGGUCCCUCUGCUGAACUUGAGGGUCAGUCUGUCCCUCGCACACUUGACCACUAGUUCAAACCCCAGUGCAGCUGCCUUCCACGUCCUGCCCAAAGCGCACGUCAGCGUUUCACUGGAAUUGGAGAAGACUGGGGAGGAGAGCUCUGCCGGGUGCCCAGUCCCUCCUGGGAGGCGAGGAAGCUUCUGGUCAAUUGACACCAGCCAAAGCCCAUGCCAACGCCGCUGGCCGCAGUGGCCACUCUUCAGUGACCUCAGCAUUGACAUGGACAGCAUGCUCCUCGGACUACUGGAAAUUGUUAAUAUUUGAUAAAAUGAUACCCUUUUCUACAUGGUGGGUCAGCUUUUUUUUUUUUUUAACUCACCCUCGACAUUCCCUUCAGGAUUCAACCUGGCGGCAUUCUCAGGCUUCCAGGUUGAUGGCAACAAGCUGGGCUAAGAAACCAGAGGGGCAAACCAGGUGGGGGUCCA